UAGUAGCUGUUGCUAACUCAUUCCCCGAAAGAAAGCUUUUGCUUUCUCCAAUUUAUAAAAAAUAUACAUGUUUUGAUCAACCCAUUGUUCUCAACUUCACUGCAAAACAGCCCGAGCUAACAUUGGCAACACAGCUGGGUAAACAUGGCUUCAGAUGACUGUAGUACAAAAAAACUAAAAUUAAGUAAUUCAUCUGGAAAAAUGUCAACAUCAUUAUCAAACCGUAUCAGCGGUACGGAAAAUCCGUCAAUAGUGCAUCCUGAGAUGGCCUUUUACUGCUUCGAUGUAGUCUACUGUCAAUUGAACCAACUCGACCCACCGAAGGCUCCAAAUUUCAGCAACGAACCAUUCCCGAUUUUCGUCACCUGGAUGAUUGGGAAAGAAAUGCGUUUACGUGGGUGCAUUGGCACUUUCAACGCUAUGCAAUUACACUCAAGUCUGCGUGAAUAUGCUGUUACGAGUGCCUUCAAGGACUCACGUUUCAAUCCAAUAACACGUGACGAAUUACCACGUUUACACGUAAGUGUAUCAAUUUUGCUUCAUUUUGAAGACGGUGCUGAUUACUUAGAUUGGGAGUUGGGUGUCCACGGUAUCUUUAUUGAAUUUUAUAACGAGAAAGGAAAUAAACGUACUGCUACUUAUUUACCCAGCGUUGCUGAAGAACAAGGUUGGGACAAAAUUCAGACAAUAGACUCAUUGCUUCACAAAGGAGGAUAUAGAGGUUCAGUGACACCAGAUUUGAGACGUAGUUUAAAAUUGAAACGAUAUCAAUGCGAAAAAAUAACAGUUAGUUAUCAAGAUUAUGUAAGUCAUGUGAACAAUAGACGUUGCUAACAAACGGCUAAGAAAUGAGAAUCUAUUGCUAUUCAACUACCCUCGCCUUUAUCCACCAAUAACAAAAAUAUUUCAAACAAUGGAAAUGAAAUCAUCAAUGUGAAUGGCAAUAAUUAUCAAUCGUCCCAGGCGUUAAAUUGUCGCAGCUACAAUUAUUUGACGAAACGUCGACAACGAGCGUUAAUAUUUCAUCAAAAUGAUUAUUCAUAUCAAAAAAUGAUGUUAUUGGCACCAUCAGUUGUACCUUCAGCAAUGCUACAGUUUUAUCCUUGGUGGAAUACACCUGGUCUUAAUUCAACGAAUUAUUAUUAUUAUCAUUACCCGAGUAUUCAUUCAUAUAUAAGAAAUAACAGAUUAUUAUUCACGUAAAGACAGUAAAAUGGGCCGCAAUUACUUUUAA